GAGUGGAGCAGUGAUGAGGAAAAAAGCUCGUGUGUGAGGGAGAGACGCAGUGAGUGUUGCCAUUCUCAUCCUCUGGAAUGCAUCAGCGCCUCUAACUUAUCUGUGCAAAGUCAACACGCAGCUGGAUGCAGCCUCCGAAGAGUUACCAUGCGCAUUUAUUUAUAGCAGCUCAGGUUUGAGUUGACUUCUCUUCUUCCUUCGCAGUCUUCUUCUGAGCGUUUUAUUCUGCAGUUACCUGCCAGGAAAAGUGAAACCGUCCUCAGUCGGGUCUGAGGCGAAUCUCCUACUCGGGAGACAAGCUUUGACUCCACUGCAGAGGUCGACGCGGCUGGGGGGGGAAAAAAAGACCAAGUAAGUUUUGAAGUGAAUUUGUCAUCAGCAGUGGAGCUGGACACUUGAGUGCGUGGAUAUGCCGGACAGUAUUGAGAGCGGGGGACGGCUGCUGCAGUUGGCCGUGGCUCUGGUGGCCCUGCUGUGGCUCUGCGCUGCGCAGAGUGACACGACAGAAGUGGUGGUGGACGCCGAGGACAGCGAGCUGGUGACCAGGCAAACCGACUCCAAAGCCAGCAGAGCCAAGAGACGGGGAGGGGCAGAAGUCCUGAGAGGACCAAAUGUGUGUGGAUCGAGGAACAACGCGUUCUGCUGCCCAGGCUGGAAGACUCUGACUGGAGGAAACCAGUGCAUUGUUCCAAUCUGCCGGAGUUCAUGUGGAGAUGGUUUCUGCUCCAGACCCAACAUGUGCACCUGUCCCAACGGCCAGAUCGCCCCGUCCUGUGGAUCCAAGUCAGUUCAGCACUGUAAUAUUCGUUGUAUGAACGGGGGAACUUGUGCUGAGGACAACUGCCAGUGCCAGAAGGGCUACGUGGGAAACCACUGCGGUCAACCGGUUUGUGAAAAUGGCUGCCUUAACGGAGGAAGGUGCGUGGCUCCCAACCGAUGUGUGUGCACCUACGGCUUCACCGGGGCCCAGUGCGAGAGAGACUACCGCACCGGGCCGUGUUUUGCCUCCGUGAAUAAACAGAUGUGUCAAGGUCAGCUCACAGGCAUUGUGUGCACAAAGACUUUGUGCUGUGCCACAGUGGGGCGGGCAUGGGGUCACCCCUGCGAGAUGUGUCCAGCACAGCCUCACCCCUGCCGAAGAGGCUUCAUACCAAACCACCGCACUGGGGCAUGCCAAGAUGUGGACGAAUGCCAGGCCAUCCCGGGCAUCUGCCAAGGAGGAAACUGCAUCAACACAGUCGGAUCCUUCGAAUGUAAAUGUCCCGCCGGGCACAAGUUCAACGAGGUGUCACAGAAAUGUGAAGAUCUGGACGAGUGUUCGAACAUCCAAGGUCUCUGUGGUGUCGGUGAAUGCUCCAACACCAUUGGUAGCUACUUCUGCAAGUGUCCACAGGGUUAUCACUCUUCUGUGGACGGAUCCCGGUGUAUAGAUGCUCGAGGUGGCUACUGCUAUGCUAGCGUGCUAAAUGGACGCUGUGCCAACCAAAACUCACAGCUGUUGACCAAAGUGCAGUGCUGCUGUGAUAGUGGACGCUGCUGGUCUGAUGGGUCUGCGCCGGAAAUGUGCCCUCUUCGUGCAACAGAUGAAUACCAGAAACUGUGUUUCCAGUUACCUGAUGGAGUAACAAUACCUGGUCGAGUACCAGGGGGCCCCGACCUGCCCGGCAUCUACCCAGGCCCAUAUCCGGGUCAGACUCCAGGACAAAUUCCUGGCCAGGUAGUGAUUCCUGGUCACAUUCCCAUUCGGAUUCCAGUAAUACCUGGUCAGACUCCAGGACAAAUUCCAGGACAAAUUCCAGGGCAAUUUCCUCCUCCACCAGGUGGUUCCUAUCCUAUCCAAACCCAGAAUAUCACCAACAUGUGCCAGGCCUACCGCAACCUCUGCCUGAAUGGCAGGUGUGUCCCCAUGCCAGGCAUUGGCUAUCGCUGUGAGUGCAACAUGGGUUUCAAGUCGGAUGCAAGAGGAGAGUGCAUCGAUGAUGAUGAAUGUGAGCAAAACCCUUGUGCUCACGGUGAAUGUGUGAACACGCCCGGGUCCUACAUCUGUCAGUGUCCUGCUGGAUUCCAAUCCACUGCCACCAGGACAGAGUGCCGAGAUCUGGAUGAGUGUGUGGCCAACGGUCGUAUCUGCAACAACGGCCGUUGUGUGAACACCGAGGGCAGCUUUCACUGUGUCUGCAAUGCUGGAUUUGAAAUUACAGGCGAUGGCAAAAACUGUCAAGACAUGGACGAGUGUCUGAUCAGGAACAUGUGCCUCAACGGACUCUGCAUCAAUGAAGACGGCAGCUUCAAAUGCAUCUGUAAACCAGGGUUCCUCCUGGACAACAGUGGACGCAUGUGUAUAGACAUCGACGAGUGUGAGACUCCGGGCAUGUGUAUGAACGGCCACUGCGUCAACACAGAGGGAUCUUUCCGCUGCGAGUGUAUGGCUGGGAUGGCGGUGGGCUUGGAUGGACGGGUCUGUGUUGACACACAUAUGCGCAGUACAUGUUAUGGCGGCUACAAGAGAGGACAAUGUGUUAGGCCUUUAUUUGGGGCUGUGACCAAGUCGGAGUGUUGCUGUGCCAGUACAGAGUACGCCUACGGGGAGCCGUGCCAGCCCUGCCCACCACAAAGCUCUGCUGAGUUCCUGGCUCUGUGUCCUAAUAGCAUUGGCAUAACUGGUGAUGGAAGAGAUAUUAACGAGUGUGCCCUCGACCCUGAAAUCUGCCAGAAUGGAGUGUGUGAGAACAUGCUGAGGACGUACAAAUGCACCUGCAAUGAGGGUUUUGAGGUUGACCUCACGGGAAAAAACUGUGUUGACAUCGACGAGUGUGUGAUGAACAGAAUGCUCUGUGAAAACGGGCUGUGCAGGAACACGCCGGGCAGUUUCACCUGUCAGUGUCCCAAAGGAUACCGCUUUGACUCCGAGACGGACGUCUGCGAGGAUGUGAACGAGUGUGUGUCCAGUCCCUGUAUCAACGGAGAAUGUAAGAACAGCCCAGGGUCCUUUGUGUGUUUGUGUUCAAUGGGCAGUUCACUAGACAGCUCUGGUCUGGAUUGCAUAGAAACUACUAAGAGCACCUGCUGGCUGAAAAUAGUCAAUGAUCGCUGUGAGGUCAACAUCAACGGAGCUACACUGAAGUCCCAUUGCUGCGCCACACUGGGCGAGGCCUGGAACAGCCCGUGUGCCAAAUGUGUAAAAGAUCCAAUCUGUGGUAAAGGCUUUGCUAGAGUGAAGGGGAAUAACUGUGAAGAUGUGGAUGAAUGUCAAGUGUUUCCUGGAGUGUGUAUCAACGGCAAGUGCAUCAACACACCAGGCUCCUUUUUCUGUCAGUGUCCUCCGGGGAUGACCGUUGAUGUCAGUGGCAGGAUGUGUAUUGACCUGCGUACGGAGCAUUGUUACCUCACCCAUGAGGAUGAGCGCUGUGGUGCUCCGAUCUCAGGGAAACACCGCGUGGACGCCUGCUGCUGCUCAGUCGGCGUGGCGUGGGGCCCUGAAUGUGAUGAGUGUCCGGAGAAGGGAUCUCCAGACUAUGCACAGCUCUGUCCUCGGGGGCCAGGCUUCUCACACAGGGGGGACUUCAUUAAUGGCAGACCCUUCCUGAAAGACAUAAACGAAUGCAGGAUGAUAAACACGCUGUGCUCACAUGGGAGGUGCAGAAACACCAUUGGCAGCUUCCGUUGCCGCUGUGACAACGGCUACGCCCUGGACUUCGAUGAACGCAAUUGUACUGACAUUGACGAGUGCCGCAUCUCUCCGGACCUGUGUGGACAAGGCCGGUGCGUCAACACACCGGGAGACUUUGAGUGCGAGUGCUUUGAGGGUUAUGAGAGCGGCUUCAUGAUGAUGAAGAACUGCAUGGACAUCGACGAGUGUGAGAGGAAUCCUCUGCUGUGCCGUGGAGGUGAAUGUGUAAACAGUGAGGGCAGCUUCCAGUGUGUGUGCCCAGACGGACAUGAGAUUGCACCUGAUGGCUCGGCCUGUCUCGAUAUCAAUGAGUGUGAGUUGAGUGACAGGCUGUGCAGGAACGGCCAGUGUGUUAAUAUGAUUGGCCGCUACCAGUGUUCCUGCAACACGGGAUACAAAUCCACCGAAAACAGAGUGGAGUGUGUUGACAUUGAUGAGUGUACCAUUGAGAACGGCGGCUGUGAGACUUUCUGCACCAACUCAGAGGGAAGUUACGAGUGUAGCUGUCACAGUGGCUACGCCCUGAUGCCCGAUCUGAGAAGUUGCACUGAUAUAGACGAGUGCGAGGAGAGUCCAGACAUCUGCGACGGAGGCCAGUGCACGAACACACCGGGGACGUACCAGUGUCUGUGCUUCGACGGGUUCAUGUCAUCUGAGGAUAUGAAGACCUGCCUGGAUGUGGACGAGUGUGAGCUGAACACAAACAUCUGUCUGAGCGGGAAUUGUGAGAACACUAAGGGAUCCUUCAUCUGUCACUGCGAGAUGGGAUACUCUGUACGCAAGGGAACGACCGGCUGCACAGAUAUCAAUGAAUGUGAGAUUGGAGCCCACAACUGUGACAGACAUGCUACCUGCACCAACACAGCUGGAAGCUUCAAAUGCCAGUGUGCUCCGGGAUGGGUUGGCGACGGCCUCAAAUGCACAGACCUUGAUGAGUGCUCCAACGGGACGCACAUGUGCAACAACAACGCCGACUGCGUCAACACCUUGGGCUCGUAUCGCUGUGCGUGCAAGGAGGGGUUCUCCGGCGAUGGAUUCUUCUGUUCAGACAGCGACGAGUGCGCCGAGAACGGCAACCUGUGUGACAACGGCCACUGUCUGAACCUGCCGGGAGGUUUCCGCUGUGAGUGUGACAUGGGCUUCAUCCCCACUUCUGACGGCAAGGCCUGUGAAGACAUAGACGAGUGUACCUUUGCUGACAUCUGUGUCAAUGGACGCUGCCGCAACAUGCCAGGACUUUUCAGAUGUGAAUGCACCCUCGGUUAUGAACUCGACAGGAGUGGAGGCAACUGCACAGACGUCAAUGAAUGUGCAGACCCGACGAUAUGCAUUAAUGGAAUAUGUGUCAACAUCCCUGGAAGUUACCACUGUAACUGCCCCGCAGACUUUGAACUGAACCCCACUCGGGUGGGCUGUGUAGACACGCGUUCCGGAAGCUGCUUCCUGGACGUCCGUUCCCGCGGAGACGCGUCGGAGAGCUUCGACUGCUCCAACGAGAUCGGAGUGGGUGUUUCGAAGGCUUCCUGCUGCUGCUCGCUGGGCCAAGGCUGGGGAAAUCCGUGUGAAUCGUGCCCGUUCGUCAACACAACUGAGUACAAGACACUGUGUCCUGGAGGAGAAGGUUUCAGACCGAACCCAAUCACUGUCAACUUGGAAGACAUCAAUGAGUGCCAAGAAUUGCCAGGCGUAUGCCAGGGCGGACGGUGCAUCAACACCUUCGGCAGCUUCCACUGCGAAUGCCCUCGAGGCUUUGCCCUCAACCCAGACACCAGAGUCUGCGAAGACAUCAAUGAGUGUGAUAGACCAGGUAUCUGUGGCCCAGGCAAGUGUUACAACACCAUCGGGAACUACACCUGCAUUUGUCCUGUGGACUACAUGCAGGUCAACGGCGGGAACAACUGCAUGGACAUGAGGAAAAGCUACUGCUACAGAAACUUUUACUCUAAAAACAGGACGUGCGACGGCGAGCUGACCUUCAACAUGACCAAAAAGAUGUGCUGCUGCUCCUACAAUAUUGGCCGUGCAUGGAACAAGCCAUGUGAACAGUGUCCCGUGCCCAGCACUGAUGACUUUGCAGAGCUGUGUGGCAGCGAGGUACCAGGAUAUUACAUUGACAUCACAACAGGACGAGUCACAGAUAUCGAUGAGUGCCGGGAAAUCCCAGGAGUCUGUGAGAAUGGAGUCUGCAUCAACCUGAUUGGCAGCUUCAGGUGCGAGUGCCCCAUGGGAUUUAUCUACAAUGACAAGCUGCUGAUUUGUGAAGAUAUUGACGAAUGUCAGAACGGACCCGUUUGCCAGCAGAACGCAGCCUGUCUGAACAUGCCGGGAAGCUACCGAUGCGAGUGUAAAGCCGGAUAUCGCUUCACUCCCACUGGACAAUGUCUAGACCGAAACGAAUGCAAUGAGAACCCUGCUGUGUGUAAUCCCGGUCAGUGCAUCGACACACUGGGCAGCUAUCGCUGCAUCUGCCCCAACGGCUUCAAAACAACACGGGACCAGUCGAUGUGUGUCGACGUGGACGAGUGUGAGCGGCAGCCCUGUGGAAACGGGACCUGCAAGAACACCGUGGGCUCCUACAAUUGUCUCUGUUACCCCGGCUUUCAGAACUCACACAACGGUGACUGCAUAGAUGUCGACGAGUGUUCGACGCAGAGGGGCCUGUGUCGACACGGGCAGUGUAUGAACACACUGGGCACUUUCUUCUGCGUGUGCCACGACGGCUAUGAACUGUCUUUGGAUGGCCGAGUGUGUGUAGAUAUUAAUGAAUGUGCAGUGCAUCCAGGCACGUGUGGUGCAGGAACUUGCCUGAAUCUGGACGGCUCCUACCGGUGUAUCUGUCCACCUGGCUACUAUCUCCACGAGGAAACGUGUGAAGAUAUUGACGAAUGCUCCCAGUCGCCUGAGAUCUGUACAUUUGGAACCUGCUCGAACACCGAGGGAAGCUUCAUCUGCUUGUGUCCUGAAGGUUUCCAGCUCUCUGCUUCCGGACGCAGAUGUUUAGAUAUCCGUGUGAACUACUGCUACACCAAGUUUGAUAGUGGCCGCUGCCUGGCUCCAAAGCCUCAGAACACCUCCAAGGCAGCGUGCUGCUGCACUGUAAUGCCAGGUCAAGGCUGGGGAGACCCCUGUGAAAUCUGCCCCAGCAAAGGAGAAGUGGGUUAUCGUAAUCUCUGCCCCAAUGAGGGCUAUCUGCAGGGGAUAGAUGACCACCCUAAAGAUAUCGACGAGUGUGUCAAUGACCCCUGUGUUAACGGCCAGUGCAUCAACACAGACGGCUCUUUCCGCUGUGAAUGUCCCAUGGGAUACCGCCUGGAUAUUAGUGGAGUUCGAUGCGAAGACACGAAUGAGUGUGAAAUUGGAAAUCCCUGUGGCAACGGCACAUGCACAAACGUCAUCGGUGGGUUCGAGUGUGCGUGUGAUGACGGCUUUGAGCCUGGGGCAAUGAUGACCUGUGAAGACAUCAACGAAUGCGCCCAGAACCCUCUGCUGUGUGCCUUCCGCUGUGUGAACGUGGUGGGCUCGUACGAGUGUAAAUGUCCGACGGGCUACGUCCUGCGUGAGGACAAGAGGAUGUGCAAAGAUCAGAACGAGUGUGAGGACGGCGUCGACGACUGUGCCGGCAGAGGCAUGACCUGCAAGAAUCUGAUCGGCACGUACAUGUGCAUCUGUGCCCCUGGAUACACGCGGCUGCCCAGUGGAGAGGGUUGCAUGGAUCUGAACGAGUGCACGGCCAAACCAGGUGUGUGUAAGAACGGCCGCUGUGAGAACACAGUAGGAAGCUUCCGUUGCAGAUGUGACCAAGGAUUCAUCGCCAACCCCACGCAGACUGAAUGUAUUGAUAACCGUGAAGGCUUCUGUUUCACUGAGGUUCUGACCACUCUGUGUCAGAUGAGCUCCAGUAACCGGAACAUGGUGACCAAGUCAGAGUGUUGCUGUUACGGGGGCAGAGGCUGGGGCACCAACUGUGAGCUCUGCCCCCUCCCUGGGACCACACAGUACAAGAGGAUGUGUCCUCUGGGACCUGGUUACACCACUGAUGGCAGAGAUAUCGAUGAGUGCCGCGUCAUGGGGAACUUGUGCAAGAACGGUCAGUGUAUCAACGCUCUGGGCUCCUACAGCUGCAUCUGCAAACCCGGCUACACCACUGACAUCACCAGCACACUGUGUGUGGAUGUGGACGAGUGCAUACAGGCACCAAAGCCGUGUAACUUCAUCUGUAAGAACACAGAGGGAGGCUACCUCUGCUCCUGCCCCCGCGGUUACAUCCUACAGGAAGAUGGAAAGAGCUGCAAAGAUCUGGACGAGUGCUCGACCAAACAGCACAACUGUCAGUUCUUGUGUGUCAACACCAUCGGUGGCUUCACGUGCAAAUGUCCUCCUGGCUUCACACAGCAUCACACGGCGUGCAUUGACAACAACGAAUGUGCAAGUGACCCCAACUUGUGCGGCUCCAACGGCGUCUGCCAGAACACUCCGGGGAGCUUCAGCUGCGACUGCCAGCGAGGAUUCUCGUUGGAUCCCAACGCACAGUCCUGCGAAGAUAUGGACGAGUGUGACGGUAACCACAGGUGUCAGCACGGCUGUCAGAACUUGGUGGGCGGGUACCGGUGCAGCUGUCCACAGGGCUACCUGCAGCACUACCAGUGGAACCAGUGUGUGGAUGAGAACGAGUGUCUGAACAGCCAGAUCUGCGGGGGAGCGUCGUGCCACAACACCCUGGGCAGUUUCCGCUGCCUCUGCCCCACCGGCUUCAACUACGAGCAGACCAACGGCGGCUGCAGUGACGUCAACGAGUGCUCCACCACCCAGAACCCCUGCAAGUUCGGCUGCUCCAACACAGACGGCGGCUACCUCUGCGGGUGUCCGACUGGAUACUACCGUGCAGGACAAGGACACUGUGUCACAGGCCUUGGAUUUACGGCCGGCAGCCCCAGUGACGGACACGGCGGCGAGGAGGACGACGAAAAUUCUCUGUCCCCCGAGGCCUGCUAUGAAUGUAAGAUCAACGGAUAUCCCAAGAAAGGACGCCAGCGUCGCAGCACCAACUCCACACUGGAGGAACCUGCUGAAGACAUGCAGGAGACCGUAAGCUUGGCCAGUGUGGACAUUGACGAUACUCUGCAGCUCCACCUGAACAUCACCGACCUCAGCAGCCGCGACCACAUCCUGGAGUUCACCCCGGCCUUGUCUGCCCUCAGCGACCACGUGCGCUACAGCAUCGACUACGGAAACGAGGACGGCUUCUUCAAGAUCAACCAGCGAGAGGGCGUCAGCUACCUGCAUCUGAGCAAGAAGAAGUCCCUCCCUGCGGGGGCGUACUCCCUUCAGAUCAGCAGUAUGCCCCUCUACAGGAAGAAGGAUCUGGCUGAGCUGGAGGACCAACACGAUAAAGACUACCUCACAGGACAGCUGGGGGAAAUACUGAAGAUGAGGGUGCAGAUCAUCCUCCACUAACCGUCACGAGACUGAGACAGGCAGGCGUUGCCAGCGGCUGCUAAUCCAGUGUCAGGCUCACACUCCCCAAACACAGCGGCCAAACAUCUCUGACUCUGGAUCAGUGGUUUCCAGGCAACUUCUACUGCGCCAAUAAGAAGAAGAAGAAGAAGAAGGGCUCGCCACCAAAGAGACAAGAAAGGGGGUUGGGGUGGGGGAGGGACUGCGUCGUUAGAUUUACCAAAGAUGAUUCUACAUAUCAUACACACAAUAUCUGCCAGCUGAAUGAAAUGGUUCAGUCAAAUGAAGAACAUCUUGCCCUGACACACAUCAGCUAUGUGUUUAAAAAAGAAAAGAAAAGAAAAAGCACUAUUGAGAGGGUGAAUGGUCUUUAAUUGUUGGGUUUACUGUUCUUUGAUAUGUGGAAUCAGGUGCCAUUUGAAGGGCAUGUGGACUGGAGAAAGCUUUCAAGGCUAAAAGAGUUUUAUUUUAGAAUCAGCUUAGGUGGAAGAGAGGUGCUAAUGAGGGCUGGGUAUUGAUUAAACAUUUUGGACUUUGACCAAUUUUAUGAAAUCCAUUUUAACAAAAAGACAUUACAUUCCACGUUACAGUAAACAUCUUCAUGGUCGUCUUCUUGCAGUUGAACACGGAGCAACGUUCUGCUCUCAUAUUUAUUCUGUGCACUAUCAUUAAUCUCGUCGCGUCACUUUAGAUCUUCUCGACUUAGCUUCAUUUCUUUAGAUUUAACUAGCUUCGAACGUCUUCUUACAGAUUAUGGUAAGAAAAAAAAAACACUUUAGGCUGGCCCCGAAUUCUGUAGUUUUAGCUAGCCCCAAAUUCUUUAGCUUUAGCUAGGCCCAAAAGUCUUCUUACAGAUUAUGGUAAAAUGCUAUAGUUUUAGCUAGCUCCAAAUUAUUUAGCUUUAGCUAGCCCCAAAAGUCUUCUUACAGAUUAUGGUAAAAUGCUAUAGUUUUAGCUAGCUCCAAAAGUCUUUUUUACAGAUUAUGGUAAAAUGCUAUAGUUUUAGCUAGCUCCAAAUUCUUUAUCUUUAGCUAGCCCCAAAAGUAUUCCUACAGAUUAUGGUAAAAUGCUAUAGUUUUAGCUAGCCCCAAAUUCUUUAGCUUUAGCUAGCCCCAAACGUCUUCUUACAGAUUAUGGUAAAAUGCUAUAGUUUUAGCUAGCUCCAAAAGUCUUUUUUACAGAUUAUGGUAAAAUGCUAUAGUUUUAGCUAGCUCCAAAUUCUUUAGCUUUAUCUAGCCCCAAAAGUAUUCCUACAGAUUAUGGUAAAAUGCUAUAGUUUUAGCUAGCCCCAAAUUCUUUAGCUUUAGCUAGCCCCAAAAGUCUUCUUACAGAUUAUGGUAAAAUUCUUUGGUUUUAGCUAGCUCUAAAUGCCUUUUAUAGAUUAUGGUGAAAUUGUUUAGCUUUAGCUAGCUCCAAACAUCUUACAGUCAAACAUGGAGAAACUUUUUGCUCUCAUAUUUAUUUUUUGCACUUUAGAUUAUCUCAACAUCACCAUUAUUCAUCAAACAAGCUGCAGCCUCUCAAAACACCACACAGACACACACUUUUGGAGAAUGAGCAUCGCCUCGGUCAAACAGCAUGCCGCGUGCUUAUUGUGCUCAAUGAAUCUGGUGACAUUAACUUCAAUGUCACAUAUUUCAACACUCAGAACCACAAAAGUAUUAAAGUUCGACAGCCAGCUUGUAGUUUGGUCGUUACCGCAAAAGUAUUGAAGGUCGAUACCCAGCCCUUUUCCUGUCAUUUACCUGCCCUCAGGUAAAUGACUGAACCAACCUGGACACGUGGACGUCAGCACAUUUCUCCUUGUAGUUUUUUUAAUGGCGAGAAGAUAUAAGCGAUUGAGGAUGUUGAGGCGAGGAAAGGAACCCACUGUGGACUAUUGAGAUGUAGCCAUGUCUGAGCUUGAAUGAAUGACUCCUACUGCAUAUUUAAACUAUGCUUUUCCAUCUUUCCUACUGACUAGAACGAUUCAUAUUUACUGGUGCUAGCAAACACAAACACAUAGACUUCUGAAUGCACUGUACUACUAUACAAAAGUCAGUAGUCGUCAAGAUACAAUCCCAUCGGCCAUUCUGAAGAUUUCAUGUCUUUGCAGCCGUAACAGCUCUAGCUUCAUAGCCUGUCUGCUCUCCUCUAUACUACAUGUAAAUUGUGUUUAUACUGUAAUAAUCAAUGCCACUUUUAAUCUAUGAAGCAUUUGUAAACUAGAGGAAGCCCCUGGAAAAUAGAGGGGUUUGUAAUGGUGCUUAUAAUGACCAACUACUUCCUUUGUAAACUGUGUAUACAUACACAUACACACACAGACACACACCUGCACCCACACACACAUACAUACACGCACACACACAUUGAUGAUGCCAAACCUGGGCCUUCAUGAUUAUGCACUGAGGUCUUCACGGCCACACAUUCUCUCACAAGUCAAAAUCAGUGCUGCAUUGUCACGGACCAGCCUGACACCAGUCUGUGUUCUCUGUUCACAUCAGUGAGGGUUUAGCUGUAAAUUCACAAUAAAAACAUAUUUUUUGGUGUACAUGUA